GUGCAAUUGAGAGGCCCAGUUUGGAUGCCUGACGAACACUUUGCACUUGAGGCCAUUAUCGCUGCAGAAUGAUCUCUAGCCUCGUCUGUUCGCGAAAAACUCUCCUCGUCGGUGCCGGAGUCUUGCGGACGAGGACCCGAGCUUCAGCAAGAGCAAGCAAGAGAGAGAGAGAGAGAGAGAGAGAGGGCGCGAGAGUGAGAGAUUGAGCUAUGGUGGAGUGCUAAUCGCGUUGCGGAGCUCGAUUGUUUUCGCUCACGGACACCGCCUCGCCGCUCCUCCUCACGUUGCCAUGGCAGCCGCGCCCGCACUGCCACACCGUUGCCGCGGCCUCCUUCUUGCUUCUUCCUUUGCCACCGCGUCUUCCUCCUCUGCGCCUCAAUCCGGUGCUCGUUUCCCGUUGCGAUUUCCUCCUCAACCACUGCACCGAUCUGUUUUGAGCGUCGCCUCGUCGUCUUCGAAUGCACGUGUGCCAGGUUUUGAAAAUGGCAUAAAAGGCAUGUUCGACUUGGAAGUUGGGAUUUUUGAGGAUCCGUCUCCAGCUCCUACAAUGCUAGAAGUUGGUUCUAGAAAUGAUAAUUGUGUCGCAGAAUCUUCGGGAUUGAUUCCAGAAGAGUGGAAACCAGUUCAGGAGGGUCUGAGUAGGACAAAGAAGCAGAGGAGACGAGAUGCCCUCGACCGCCUCGAAAGAGAAGCUAAAGAAAGGCAGAAGCGAAAUCGGAUGCUUCUGGAUAACCAAGUAGUCGGCAGAAAGGUGCAUAUGGAAAAGUCCUUUACUCGGGUACUUCCAGAGAAUACAACCAACGAGGGCCCUGCUAAUGACAACGAUUCAUUAUCUCGAGAUUUGUUGUCCAAUGAAGCAUCUGAAGUUUCUACGCUUGUCAAUCAAUCAACAUCCAAAAACCCUCGCUCGGUUCUGGGUAACGCACCUGCUGAGGCUAUGGCUCAGACCUCGUCAAGUUCGAGACUUGAGCAACAAUCACCAGUAGGAAUAUCUACUAAAACAGUUAAUGCUAAAAUCAUGAGCAAAUGGAAUCCAAUGCACACAUUGGCUGCAUCAGGCCAAAAGAACAGAUUGGACUUGCUUUUGAGACGUGGAGGUGAAAUUAACGCACAAGAUGUGGACGGAUUUACGGCAAUGCAUUGGGCUGUGCUUCGCGGUGGUGCACGAGAUACCAUCAUUCGGUAUUUACUAAACUCUGAUGCCCACCUUACGGCUAAAGAGAAGGACGGGGCUACUGUUUUGCAUUAUGCUGCACGUAAUGCUAACUCCUUUGCAAUCAAGUCCCUGCUUCGGAGCAAUGCCGACAUCAAUGCAUGUGACAAUGAAGGGUGGACUCCGCUUCAUAUAGCAGCACAGAGCGGGCGUACGGACAUAGUUCAUCUUCUUUUUGCAAUGGGUGCCGACACUGACGUUUACAAUAAGGAUGGAAAUACUCCUUUAGAUUUGGCGCAGUCCUUUUGCGAAAGCUUUAUCACUUUGGCAAAGAAGGAAAUGGCAAGUCGAUUGAUUGCAACUAAGGGGUCGUCUAAACUGACAACAGGAGAGGAAUGGGAUCAAUCCAAAAGUUCCACUGUUGACUUGUCAAAAAUCACCUCUAAAAAGUGGAUUCCUUUACACACGCUUGCUGGAUCAGGACAAAUCAAACAUGUAGUCUUACUGUUGAAGCACAGUAUUGACGUCGAUACUCGAGACAAGGACGGAUUGACAGCUUUGCACUGGGCUGCCAUUUGUGGCCGGGAUACAAUGGUUCGGUAUCUGCUAAAAUCUGGUGCAGAUGCUACAGCAAUCGAUAAGGAUGGGGCUAGUGUUUUGCAUUAUGCAAUUCGUUGUGCCAACACUUAUGCCAUGAAAGCUGUGCUGCGACGACAUGCUGACGUCAACGCAUGUGACAAUGAAGGGUGGACACCUCUUCACAUAGCUGUCCAAAGUGGGCGAUUAGAUAUUAUCAAGUUUCUUCUUACAAGGGGUGCUGACACUAGGAUAAAAAACAAGGAUGGAAACAGCGCUCUUGAUGUUGCGCUGUCAUUUGGGAAAGGUUUAUAUUAUUACCAUAUUGUCGAACUGUUGAAGAAAGAAACACAGCAGCUGCGGCAGUUUUCCCUGUUACCUUGCCAGUCAGAGAGCCAUGGGGCAGAGGUUGAAGCGGUACUGCGAGACGAGAUGAACUCAGCGCAUGAACUGAGACGACUUCCUCCAUCCCAGUCUCGCUCAAUCUUAACUGUUGCAGCUCACGGAAGUCGCAUUCCAAUGAAGAGUAACAUCCGAAGAAUGAGCACCAAAGUUUCACAACAUCAACCUCUUGAAUUUAAAAAAAGCGGUGAACAAAUAAUCAGGCUUGCAGGUGUUGGUUACUUUGUUCUGCACGGUGGUCGACAACCAAACAAUACCGCUUCAGAACAACAUCCAUAAUGUUUUAAGGCAAUGCCACUUUUGCACAGCACAUGAUUCCUUGUGUGUAAGUUCAGACAUAACAGAUACUGAAAGUUUUCAAAACCCCUCU